AUGAAGAUAGUAAUUGUGGUAACGCUAAUAAGCGUACCUACUCGAGUUCCUCCUCUUCCUCCGUCAUGUCGGAAUCCUACUGCGUCUCGCUGGGUGUGGGACCGCUGUGGUGGUCCUGAUGUCCUUCACGAGCGGAGCGAUCACGAUAGAGCGUCUAUUACAUCAGAUAUAAAUCGCAAAAAAUCAUUCGACUCAUCAGCUUCAUCGGAGUAUUCUGAUAACUUAUCCAUCAUCGACGAGGGAUGCGUUGGCAAUGAAUGCAACAGUGAUAGUGAUGAUCAAAUCUCCUCCUACAACUUGGAAAGUGGAGCCAAUGAAAAUGAGGAUUUGAUCAAUAAGAUCCGUAGUCAAAAGUUGCCGACUCGCGUAACAUUAAAACUUCACAUCACUGAAAAUACUUUCAGUAUAUGGGAAACUGUUUUGAACAACAACAACAACAUCUUGUACGUUGCCCUCCCAUCGAAAAUCAACCACGAGGCAUCCAAACAUUCAUUCAUAUCGUUGUUGGAGUUUGCCGAGGAAAAGUUGCACGCGACCGCCAUUGUCUUGUGCAUGCGUAGCGAUCGUCCCGAUCGUCAAUCACUCGUACGCAACUUCAUGUUCUUGGGAUUCCAACCAUUGGAUCCGCGUUCACCCCUUGCCCCGCCCCCAGCACAUGCGGAAAUUGGCAAAAGUAAAAACGUUGAUGAUACUUCGACGAACUCUAAUCUUUACUUGAUAUGUCACUUGGAUGACUAAACAUCUUUUUCUUUUCUUUUAACUUCCAUUACAAAUCACACAAUUCAUCAUAAAAAUUACACACAUAUUAAAAUAUAUGAAACAAAUAUUAUUCCAGAUUAUUGCGACACAAAAUAAAUAUUUAGAGACGCUCUAUCAAAAAAAAAUC